AUGCACAUUCUCGAGAUAAUGCCUCCGCGCCCACCCCCUCUCCCGUCCUCGCAGCACCUGCUUCUCCAGCAGCCCCACAUAGUCGACCUCAUCGUUGACUUCCUCCCCAAGCGUUCCCACAAGCGCACGCUGGUGGCCCUCCUUCGCAGCUGCUACCCGCUGCAGGACGCCGCCGCCAAGCGGCUCUACCACUCGGACUUCCUCAGGUUCUUCGCGGGUUCCGACGUUGGCACGGGCAAGACGAGGUCGUUCUGCGGCUGGCUCGACGACAAGCGUAGCCGCGACCGCUGCCAGUGGAACGAGGCGAGGGACAAGCAGCCGAAGGUCACUAUCAUCAGGUCCAGUGCUCUCGACCCGCUGCCGCAGAAGUCGUACGCUUUCCUCUUCAACGAGGACGCGGUCAGCGCCCCUCCCACGCACGAUGCCGUUGACGAGCCUGAUGCGCCCAGCGAGGGUUGCGAUCGUGGCGAUCACAACACCCCUACGCCCGCCCCAGGCAACACCAAGGCCGGCCUUCUCGCCUACGUCAAAGUUAUCACCAUGAGCUCGCACCACCGCUGCAUGUGCGAGCACUUCGGCCCCGUCGUCUCGCCACUGCUCUCGGGUCUCGAAGUGAUUCGGAUCGCCAAUUCGUUCAGCGUUUCGCUGUUCAAUCUGGACGACCCGUGCGACAGCGACCAGUCAUGCCCGCUCUUCACGGGCCUCGUGGCCCCGAAGCUUGUUUUCCGCAAUCUCGACGGCCAGGGCCUUCCGCUGCCACAGUUCGACGAGCGCAAGGAACAGUGGCCUACCGAGCUCCGUGAACCCUUCAAGAACUGCCGCUGGACCGCCAGCCGGCACAUCAAGACUGUGGUGCUCUUCCUCCCCACCAACGGGCGUUGCUACCACGCAACCAACCUCGCCCACAUUGGUAGGUUCUUCCCCGCCGCUACCGAGAUCAAGGUCGUCCUGUACGAGCACUGGGAGGACUACGAGGAAGAGGAGGAGAUAGGGUUCAUGUUCCACGGUCCUAUCCCCGUCACCCCCGACGACAUUGUGCACCCGAUCCAGCAGAUCCUCAAGCACACCUCGGCCGCAGUGACGGUCUAUGGCCUCGACAGGGUCGACUAUGCGAAGAGGGGGGAGAUUGUCACCCAGUAUCUCCACCGUGCGCCGGACCCUUGGGCUCUCCGCCCCGUGCAUCUCAUUGUCAUCAAUGAAGUCCGGACGGGCAUGGUGUUCAACGCGCUUACGACUGGCAAGAUGGAGGACAUGGGCUGGGGUAGCCGCCUCACGCUCAAGACGAUCAGCAAGUACAAGAAGGACAAGGACACGGCCGAGCACCAUGCCGAGCUCACCCCUGCUCUGUAG